CCUUGAGGAGAAUGACCUGGAAACAGUGGCGCACAACCUCCAGGCAGUAGAAUCCAUCGUCCCAAGUCGCAGCUGAUCAAGGAAUACCUCCAGGGGAUGGUCUUGGAGUGAGGGCAAUUACAGCUCUUUUGUCAUCAAGGAAAUCUCAUUGGCCUGGGUAAUCCUCACGCAGAGGAGGCACAUCAAGGCAGAAGUUUGGCCAUUUCCUCCUCUGUAUUUUGGCAGAAUCAGAAUUUUGAGAGCAAAGCUUUUUGCCUAGAAUCGUCCUCCCAUCCCAGAAGAUAAUUGCUCGCAGCUACAUUUGCAGCAGUUAAGCCAGAAGAUAAAGUAAUGAAGGAGCAAAUAUCUGCAGUUCUAGAACUAGAAGAGGGACUGGGGGAAGCAAGAAAAGCUGCAAGUGCAGCUCAGCCUGAAUAUAUGACAGAGGGACCAGGAUGGAAAGCAUCACAAGAGGGCAAACCGGAAUCCUGCAAAGGGAUGCAAGAGCUCUGGGAAGCCCAAUGGCAGGAAUUCCUGAAGACACUGCAGGCUCAGCACUCAACAUGGCGGGACCCCCAACUGUUGGAGACCACACCAUGGGAAGAUACCAAGGCCUUUCUGGCCUCUUUUGAGCAAGUUGCCAAAGCCUGUCGGUGGCCUAGAGGAGAGUGGGUGGCACGACUCCUGCCAGCCCUUAGCGGAGAGGCAGUAGAGGCCUUCGGCCUCCUAGAAGCCAGAGAGAAAGAAGACUAUGGGAAAGUGAAGGCUGCCAUCUUGAGAGGGGAUGCCAUGAGAAGGGAGACACAGCGCCAGCACUUCAGGCAGUUUUGCUGCCAGGAGGUGGAAGACCCACGGAGGGUUUGCAGCCAACUGCAGGAGCUUUGCUGCCAGUGGCUGAAGCCAGAGAAGCACACGAAGGAGCAGAUCCUGGAGCUGCUGAUCCUGGAGCAGUUCCUGGCCUGCCUGCCAGUGGAACUCCAGAGCUGGAUCAGAGCAGGUGGGCCAGACAGCUGUUCCCAAGCUGUGGCCCUGGCAGAGGAUUUCCUGAGGAGUCAGAGAGUAGCUGAGGCAGUGAAAUGGCAGGGACCACUGCAGGAAGAGUCUGUGGGUUCCUCGAAUGUAGAGGAGGAACUCUUGGAUGUUGCACAUGGAGAGACCUACAAAGAAGCUAAGCACAAUGGUAACGGGGAGAUCAACUUGUCAGGGAAUGGAAUUCAGUGCUCAAGUCACUCCAUUUCAUCGCUUCCUCCUGAAGGACAGGAAAUGGCUGAAACUGGGCUGACUGAGCAACUGGUAAACCUCAGGGAGUCACAAAUAUCUUUGCACAUUGUUGAACAGGCUCCGACACAGCCAGGCCAACAGAUCAUGUUCUGGCAAGUCUUGCAGGAGGAUCAUGGGAACUUAGAUUAUUUGGGUGAUGAGAAAGGAAGUUACAUCAACAUGGAGAAGUUUCAGGAGGGAGAGACAAGGCUGGAGGAAACAUAUUGGACUUCAGAAGAAUUAUCGCAACAGCAUAUUCCCAUGGCAGCUGAAAUUCAUGAGCAGAGAUGUGAGUCUAAAGGACAACAGGGGAAGAAUCCAGUGAAGAGAGAGAAUGAAUGCACUGACCUUAUACAAAAUCUUCCUGCUGCUGUUAGAGAAACCUCCACAGUGCACAAAAGGGGAAAAAUGCCAUUGUUCUCAAAGUAUGGCCGAAGGUACCGCUACAAAUCAGAAUUUGCUAUGAUGCUUAACACGGAGGAGGACCACGAAUGCCCCAUGUCGGACAAAACAGGAGAUAAAUCAUAUGAAGUCUCUGAAUAUGGGAAAAGAAGUAACUUGAUUAGACCUCAGAGUGCCCAUACAGAACUUACAGAAGUGAAAGAGAAUGGGAAGAUCUUUAUUCAGGAGUCACUGAAAAGUAGCCAAGCAAUUCAUCUUAAAGAGAGACCAUCCUGUUCUCAGUGCGGGCAAUACUUUGAUCAGAGAACACAUCUCAUAAGGCAUCAGACAAUGCAUACUGGAGUGAAACCAUACAAAUGUCCCCAGUGUGGGAAAUCCUUUGCUCGUAGAGAUAAUGUCAGGCAACACCAGAUGAUUCAUGGAGAGAAACCUUAUAAAUGUCUUGAGUGUGGGAAAAGGUUCUGUCGGACAGAUAAGUUGCACAGGCAUCAGAGAACGCACAAGGAACAUAAACCAUAUUAAUGCCCUGAGUGUGGCAAGCAUUUCUCUUGGAAAGAAAGCAUGAUUAAGCAUCAGAGAAGCCACUGACUAUAUUGAUAGAGUUUAUAUUCUAGGGUUUGCAGCUAUAUUCCUUGCGGGUGACACUUUGAGAAGUGGAUUGAGGUGUUCAUCCAGCACAUAAGACUCCAUCAUCUAAAACGGCUUGCCAGCAGGUUCUGUGAUUAGAAAUUAAACUUUCCCCAUAACUCUUUAGGCUAGGAUUUCUUAACCUUAGGCCCCCAGAUGUUGUCGGUCUACAACUCCCAUCAUCCUCAGCCACAUAGGCUUUGUCUGGGGAUGAUGGGAGUUGUAGGCCAACAUCUGGGGGCCCAAGGUUAAGAAACCCUGGUAGCUUAUCACCUGGCAGCAGACAUCCCUCAAGAGCUCAGAUCUGGCAUCAAGGCCUCCAGUUGCUCCAGUCCCCUAUUAUGCUGAGGGGCUGACACCCUACGUUUCCAAGCGGAAGUUCUAUUGAAAUUUAGUAGUAUGAGUUAAAUUAACACCUGCGUAGUACUAUUGAGUAAUUUAGUCAGGCUGCCAGCCAGGGAGUGUAAAACUGUACACAAAAAGCUACAGUAGCAAACUUCAAUGUAUUAGCUUAGAGAAAAAACCUAAAUAUACCUGGGAAAUAAUGUUCAUUAGCUUUAAUGGGACUUAAUUAUAAAUAAUGCUGUUUGGAAUUAAACUGUUAUUCCUGUCAUUUGUCUUUCCUCAGUGAACCCAGGGAACUUUAGUUUUCAAAAGAUUUUGAGAAUUCUCGAUAGGCUUGAGGUAUGUGAAGGUGCCUUCUACUGAGUCAGA